AUGCCAAUUUUCCACUCAUCUACUACACACUCUCUUCCCGACUCGGAUGACCUCUACGUUCGUCUCAAAACGAGAUGUGGUAAACAAGACGGAAUGCGUCACACACUCCUUCUAGAGCACCAAAUCUAUGUCCCCGGUUCAAACUCUCCGUCCCCUAUUGCAUCCUCCACCAGUUUCGUUAUCCACAAGGACCGCAUUGUUCUUCUAGAUGACUGGUACGAUGUCAUGGACAGUCACGACGACGAGAUGCUCGAGUUCGCCACCGAACUCUUCACCGAGCGCGCGAAGCUGCACCGAAAGUGGAUCGUAUCAAGGGACAAGGGCACUGGGGUGUGGGGACAUGAAUUGGACCAUGGGUCAAUUCUUUAUAUUCAAAACAUCUUCGUAGACUCAGACUACAGGGGAAGGGGAGUUGGUACCUGGCUUCUACGCCAGAUCCUCACCUCCGAACACGUCGCAUCCUGCCGAUUCGCAUAUGCAUGGCCUACCGCCUUCGAGCCUACUUUCAGGACCAAAGUCGAGCUUAUUGCUAUCGAAGAAUCGGUAGUGAAGAUAUUUGCAAAAAUAGGCCUUCCGUCUUCGGGCGAUGCAGAACCGGUCAUGCCACCCCUUCCGGGAGAAUUGCAUGAAGAUGGUUUGCCCGAUUUUCGCGACAUGGUUUUCGAGGAGGCACGCAUGAGACCUGAUGCCCCAUUCCGUAUACAGGCUGCCCUUCGCUCUGGUCGUGGGCAGGCCCUGUUCGACUAUAUUCGCCAGCAGCAUGCAGCAGACCCAUCCUGCAUCCGCGUCAAGGACCACCAGGGUGUGACACCACUUCAUGUAGCUGCUUUCCGUGGCCGUCCCACCACCGUAUCCGAGAUACUCAGGCUCGGCGCUCGUGACGAUCUGCACGAGAAGGACAAUGAUGGACGUACCCCCUUGAAUCAUCUGGAUGUGGAAAUGGCGAGAAUCCGGGAGCUCAAAAAAGAAUCGGAGUUUAAGGGGCAUGACGACUCGAUGUGCCAGUGCAAGGUACUCAUAAUGCGGGAGAUGGGUCUAAACCCACCGCCCGCCGAGUUGAUCAAGUGGGGAUGCACUUGCGGCCAAUGCAGGGGUGGAUGGCUUAGUCCGCGAAUGGCAUUUCGCCUUCGAAAUUGCGCUCGAACGUCGUCAAGUAGCAUAAUGGAAAAGAUGCACACCCGCCGUCCGGGGCGCUUCCUACCAGCCGCAAUCGUCAACAAGAUAAAUAUGAUCGAAUACGUUUCUCAUCCCGUCCGCUCCCAGCCCAUCGAUCAACCUUUCAUCUUCGGGUAUUCAGCCUGCUACACAGCUGUGUCUGCUGUACUUGAACGCGGCGACGUACCGACCGUUCCGGCGGUUUUGCAGGAGCUAAAUUGCAUGGUCAACGACUCGGAGGGGCAGUACUCAUUCGCUUCUCAUUAUUUCGAAAUGGGAGGCAGGCUGGAGUUCGUGUUGAACGGUGUCGCAUAUCGGUCGUGGGAGAAGGGUCUUGCUAAGCAGAAUACGUUCGAUGAUGCCUUCGCGAAAGAGAUACAAGCCAUGCCAGUAUGCGCCGAUGACGAUGCCUAUGGAAUCGUGCGCAUCAACCUGCAUAUAGGACCUGAAUUCAAUGGGCCCGAUCGAGGGGAUUGCGUAUACGACGAGGACCCGGAAAUAUAUGACGAAGAGGAGGAAGACUAUGAUGAGGAUGAACUCCCUUAUCUUAUGAUGGAAGAGAUGAUGUUAGAUGACAUGGAGUACUUGCGAUCUGUGAACGAGCGCCGGCCAUGA